AGACCCAGAGCGGCAGCCGCUGCCCCCACCUACCUGCCCCGACCAAGGGCGCUGCUUCAAGAAAAACAGCCCCGAAGCUCCCUCGUUUCCACCCAGGCUCAGGUGCCAGGACUGGAGAACAACGGCGCAGAAGCGAAAGUGGCCUUUCACCCGGAAGCGGAAGUCGUUUCAUCGGUUCUCACCGAAGCAAACAUCCGCCGCAGUCAGUGAGGCAGCGAUUCAACCUAAGAGCUCCCUGCGCCGAGAGGGAGGAGUAAGUGCGGAGAAUGGAGCGUCAAAGUCUCUCCGCGCUCCCGGACUCGCUGCUGCUCCAGAUUUUGGAGUUGCUGCCGCCGCGUGACCGGCUGGGCGGAGCCAGGGUCUGCAGACGCUGGCAUCGCCUGGUGCGAGAUAAGUUGCUUUGGAGGCAUUUGGACUUGACUCCUUACAAGAUGUCCUCCAAGGUCCUGUGGCACCUCUUGCGAAACCAUCUCCGAGGCAACCUGAGGACGCUGAGAGCUCGGGGAUCCCUCUACUCUGUCCGGAAGCAAGAGGUGUUUUCCGCAGCAUUGAUGCAGGCCUUGGGCAAGCAGUGCCCCAGCUUCCGUCACCUGUGCCUGAGCGAGACGGACCUCCGCUCUCUCCCGUAUGAGUGUAUGCCCCCGUCUCUCACAACUCUGGAGCUGAGCCGCUGCGAGAUCCCUUCUGCGUGGUUCCAAGGUCCCAGCGCCUCCCAGACCCCUCAGGCCUUCCCACGACUCCAGCACCUCGUCAUCCAGAACGUCCCUGCCUUCUCCAACCAGCACUUAGCAAACAUCGCACGCUGGGGCACACUCAAGACUCUGGUUCUAUCCGAGGCCUACCGGGUGACAGAAAGCGGGAUCCAGACUGCAGCGCCGUAUCUGGGAGAGCUGGACUCUCUUGCCCUGCGCCAGUGCAGCAUUGAUGAUUCAGCGACUCAUUUCAUUGGGCGCCACAUGAAGCGCCUGCGCCUCUUGGACCUCAGCGGCAAUUCCUCCCUGACGGACACCUGUCUCCCUUGCUUGAGUGGCUUAGCGAGCUUGGAAGACCUCCGUCUCGAAGCCUGCUGCGGACUUUCUCCGGAGGCUGUUGUAGCCACUUGCCGGGCGCUGCCUCGGCUGAAGCAUCUCGACUUAAGCAAGGUUGGGUUCGACGAGCAGACGAUUCACCGAAUCCAGGCCGGGUUGCCGAACUGCGCGGUGACAUGCGCCGCCUCUGGCAGAGUUGCCAAACUGGACAAAAGAGUACGAGGACUUGAGCCAGUGCUGUAGCUGAGUAAGGAGACCUUCACAGCUGGAGGUGAGAAAGCGCAGCCCCUCCGGAAUGAAGCCUUCCGGGAAGGUCAAGAACAGGCUGGUCUUCUGGAAGGAGGACGUGCUGCAGUGGCGCCUCCUAACCAAUGGGACGCUGUCCUCUGUGCUGGGCUUCCUUCACCCUUUUUACCUUCCUCACCUCACCACCACCACCCUGGUUGACAGAAUAUGGACAGGGUACUUCAGUGUUUCCAGACUAUUCUUUCUAGGACUCUGUUCACUAUUCAUUGUUCCGCUCCUCUGUUCUAGGCCAUCGUAUUCUGCCUUCAGUUGCUUUCCCUGGUCCUUCACUCUGCCCAGUGCUCUGAGUCCUGGUGUCCAGGAAGGCUAUCUGAUAGUAUCUUGGUGACCCUGGUUUCCUUGACUGUCACUGUGAUGCAAUCAUCUGAGUCUGUGAUGUGAUCACCUGGCUCCCUCAGGGGAGGGAGGUUUGCAAUCAAAGGCAAGACUUUUCUCUCUCUCUUUCCUUCCCCAGCCCCCCUCCCCUCCCACAGCAGGGAGGAAAGAGAAGCCUCUUGUUGCAUCUUGUCAAUUUCCCUCCCCUCUGGCCACCUGUUAAACCUAACAGCUGAUCCAUGGAGAGUGAAACUGACCAGAAGUGGCAGAGCGGCUUCCCUUUUCCUUCACCAGUCUCCCUGCCUCUUCUGGGGCAAGACGCACUGGGGGUGGGGAGUCUAGCGUCCUCCUGGGGUGUGAGGCAGGGCUUAUCCCUAUAGCGGGGCUCCACUGCAAAUACCCUGCUGUGGCUAUGGGCCCAAUGAGAACUUAGCCAAAGCAAAUAUUUGCUAAAGCACUUUUUCCCCCUGUCCCAAGCUAAUAGUUUUAACCACAGCUGCCCAGACGCUGACAAGUAUGGAUACUCCAGGCUGUCCCUAACUUAGGCACAGAUGCAUAACCAGAGCAUGGCAGCAGGAGGCAGCUGUACAUGCUUUAGCCGUGUCUUUCCCAAGCUAGGUGUGAUACUGUUCUGAAUUGAAAGCAUCUUUGUUAUCAUGCAGCCAGCCGCCUCCUAGGGCUCAUCUUUUGUAAAUCUCAGGAAAUAAUGUUUGUUUGUUUGUUUGUUUUAAAACGGAAAUGACAAUUGCACUUUUAAUAAUGAUAAAUGCCUGAACCAUGAGAAUCUUGGCGUGGAUCCAGCAGAGUGUAUAUCCAUGGACAGGAGGGUGCCUGGCUUUCUUGCCUCCCCCGUCCUGCCGCAGAAUGCCCUCCGGAGUGCCACUCAUAACGGACAAGGGUCCCAACUCGUAGUGGACAAAGGGACCCCUGGUGCAGUGUUUCUGGGUUUGUUUUGAUCUGCAGUGGGAGGGGGAAGGUGGGAAAUUGACUCUCUUUAGGUGGAAAUCCAUUUGCCCAUGGAACAUUCUUCUGGAGUCCAAGCCCUGAUUUUGUGCUGUUUUUAAACACCUGCCUUUCUGCCUGAUAUCUGAAAGUAAACUCAGAUAGGAUUUUACAUUCCAAUCCUGUUCAGUAAUUUAUUACGGUACUGAGCCAGACAGUAUAUAUGGGAGCAAUAGUUAUAAAACAGAAUCAUAAAAUAUAUCCAAUAUUACUAAAAAGUGUGAAAUAUAUAUAUCAGUUUUCUUUAAAAUUGUUAUAUAUAUAUCCAAUCCGUUAUUUGUGCUGAUGUCUGUAUUCUUUCUCCAAAAAUUUUAAUAUUUUGCUUUGAUUAGCUUUUAAAUGAUAAUAAACAGAACGGCUGCAAUUCUGAA